AUGAUUAUCCAAUUCAAUAUUGUUGUCGUAUUAGCAUGUAUUUCAUUUGUUGAGAAUUCUCAUUUUCGUGGUGAUACAAUCACUUGGCGUCCCUUCAACAGUACGCCCUCUGGAAGUACUGUUGACAUUCAAAUCCGCCAAAGAUACUCAUGGAAUCGUCCUGUUUACUUUUGCGAUGAUGUUUAUAUAGUUUCGUUAGGUGUUAUCCGUGAUCUCAGCAGUGUUUUCUGUGUAUCAGGCACAUGUUCUAAUUGGAAUUCUAAUCGAAUCUAUACACAGACAUACUGUACUGAUUAUAGUUUUGGUGGUGUCGUUAGUUCAGGAGAGGUCUAUUAUACGCGCACAGUACCAUUGAAUGCAGCUUUUAGCUCGGGUGAUUGGCUUACAAAUCUUGUUAUUGGUGGUGGUGGCUUGUGGAGUCUUGUUAGUCUAAUCAAUACCAUUGUUCGUGCAUAUGGCAUUAUAAACAGCAGUCCUAUUGCGACUACACUUCCCGCUAUAUAA